AUGAUGGAUGUGCCUUCGAUAACGGCUCUGGGCAGCACGCUCGGCUUGACGGGCGAGGCGCUGGCAGUGUUGGAGGAGCAUGACAGGCUUGUGAAGCAGACAGUGACGCUGCUAUCGCAGCAGCUGGCUGAGGCGGAGGAACAGCUGCAUGCGACAGAGGAGCGUGCUGUGGCAGCGGAAGCCAUCGCCAAGGAAUACGCCGAAAUUGGUGUGUCACUGCAGGCGUCGCUUGACGGCGCGUCUGAGGAGAUGGAGGGCGUGAAGCAGGAGCUGGCGGCGGCCGUGGCAGCCAGGGGCGACGCGCAGGAGGCGCUUGUGUGUUCAAAGGAGCGGGUGGCGGAGGAGAUGAAGAGUAACGAGCAGUUGACGACACGCAUCAAAGAACUGGAAGCACAGGUUACUGCGCGUGAUGCCGCUGUCUCUGAAUGGCGGCGGCGCUGCGAAGAGGAAGAGAAGACGGCAGCCAGGCUCAGGCAGGAGCUGAAGGAGGCGCGGGCUGACGCUGCGCAAUUGCGACGGGCGGACGAACGGUGGACGCAGCGAUUGCAGGAGGAGAAGAGGAGACGCGAGGCUGUCAUCAGGGACAUGGAGUCGCGCCACGCCUCGGCGGUGGCGGCGCUGCGGUCGGAGAUGGACACAGAGCGCCAGACACUCAACCAGCGGCUCGCUGCCGAGGAGGCGCGGGUGGCGAGCGCACGACGCGAUGUCGACGAUUUGAUCCGCGGAUUCGCACGAACGCACACAUACACGCGCACACACGCUGCACACCCACAAACGCACGCGCAAGCACGCCCACCCCAGGCAUGACCCCGUCCGUGUGCACGCCUUGAUGUUCACAUUUUCUGCUUGUACAUAUUAUGCAAACACUUUCGUUGUACAUGACAAUGUCGCGCUUGCAUUGCUGCUCUCUGGUGUGUCCCCACGUUCUUUCUCAUUCCUCUUCUUUUUCCGCGCUCACCCAUCUUGUUCUCAUCUUCAUCGCGGUUUUCAGUCCCUUGUUCAUGCCACCCUCCACGACACCAACACCACAUGCGUACCGAUUGCUGCGUUUAUCGUUUUGUCUCCGCAAA